GCUCUAUGUCAACUACUGUAAAACCAAAGGAGGAAGACGCAGCGAAAAAAUAAUGACGUUUCCUGACAGCUUCGAAUGCGAACGUCAAAGUCCGUGAAGUUGUUGGGACUUCAAGUUCAGCUUUGGAACAAGGAUCUUCACAUCCCCGGGUCCAGGAGGUCAAAGGUGACCUUUGAGGAAACAUGUUGCUGCUCACCUAGAUCGUCUUCGCUGGUCCACUUCUGAGCCUGAUCGACUGGACCAUGUCUGAGAACCAGCCCAACGGGAACAACAACGUUCCCCUGAACAACCCCAACCGGCUGCGGAACCCCACCAUCAACCAAAACCCACUCAUCAAUGUCCGAGACCGCCUUUUCCACGCGCUCUUCUUCAAGAUGGCUGUCACCUACGCCCGCCUUUUCCCACCAUCCUUCAGGAGGGUCUUUGAGUUUUUUGUCCUGCUUAAGGCACUCUUUGUCCUCUUCAUUCUCGCCUACAUCCACAUAGCCUUUUCCCGCUCACCCAUUAACUGUCUGGAGGGUGUGAGGGAGCGCUGGCCUCGUGACGGGAUCCUACGGGUGGAGAUCCAGAGAAACUCCAGCCGAGCUCCUGUCCUGCUGCAGUACUAUGACUCCACAGGGCUCCGGGAAGAUCUGAGUGGGGAGGGGUGGGAGGGAGGAGGCGGAGGAAGAGUUGCCGAGGUCAGCCCGGUGGUUCGGCAGGAGGAAGAGGAAGAAGAGGAAAUGGAUGUCUUUGACAAUAGCUCAGUGCAGUUUGAGUUGGACAUGGAGCCUCGUCUGAAGCCCUCAGUGAUGGGUGGAGCAGCCGGAGGAGGAAAUGACAGUCGAGAUGUCUCCUUCAGCCACAACAGUAAAGUGUGGGCUCAGGAGGAGUACAUUGUUGAGUAUUCUCUGGAGUACGGAUUUCUGCGUCUGUCUCAGAACACCAGGCAGAGACUCAAAAUCCCCGUCAUGGUGGUCACUCUGGAUCCCAUGAAGGACGAGUGUUUCGGUGACAGCUUCAGCCGCUUUCUGCUGGAUGAGUUUCUGGGAUAUGAUGACAUCCUGAUGUCUAGUGUGAAGGCUCUGGCCGAGAACGAGGAGAACAAAGGGUUUCUGAGGAAUGUGGUCUCUGGAGAACAUUACCGCUUCGUCAGCAUGUGGAUGGCCAGAACUUCCUACCUGGCGGCCUUUGUCAUCAUGGUCAUCUUUACUCUGUCGGUGUCCAUGCUGCUCAGAUAUUCUCACCACCAGAUCUUCGUCUUCAUUGUGGACUUGUUACAGAUGUUGGAGAUGAACAUGACCAUUGCCUUCCCAGCAGCCCCUCUGCUCACCGUCAUCCUUGCCCUUGUUGGCAUGGAGGCCAUCAUGUCCGAGUUUUUCAAUGACACAACCACGGCCUUCUACAUCAUCCUCAUUGUCUGGUUGGCUGAUCAGUAUGACGCCAUCUGCUGCCACACCAACACCAGCAAACGCCACUGGCUGAGGUUCUUCUAUCUGUACCACUUUGCCUUCUACGCCUAUCACUACCGCUUCAAUGGCCAGUACAGCAGUCUGGCACUGGUCACAUCCUGGCUCUUCAUCCAGCACUCCAUGAUCUACUUCUUCCACCACUACGAGCUUCCUGCUAUCCUGCAGCAGAUUCGGAUUCAAGAGAUGCUGCUGCAGAACCAGCAGGCCGGACAAGCCAACCAGACCGCCCUGCAAGACAACCUCAACAACAACGGCACCGCCUCCUCGCCAUCCGCACCUACCCACGCCCCGUCAGGCCCAGCUGCCCAGCCAGACACUCGGAACCAGGCCUCGGCGUCCUCCCCAGCUGCCCCGCCUGCAAGCCGAGGGGAGGUGCGAGCGGAGCUGAACUGGGUGGCCCAAACGGCAGCCAUCAUCACAGAGGCGCUGUCUUCCUCCGCCCAGCAGGGGGCAGCCAUGGUGGUUGGUGUUGACAGGGAGUCUGCUGAUGGUUCUGUGGUUGAAGGAGGUGAAAAUGGAGAGAGCGAGCAGAGGGCGGAGCCUAACCUGGACUCCAAUGUGAUAGAAAUGAAAACCAUAGGAGGAGGAGCUUCUACUCCAACCACAUCCUCUUCAAACAGCCCUCCAAUCACAGGGCCCCAGACAGUGGAGGCAGGACUCAUAACUCUAAGCGCCGCCCCUCUUCAGACAGACUCCUCCCCCACAGAGCGGAGACACGCCGCGUCCUGAGGGACGAUGACUGCAUGGUACUCAUCAGUACUACACAGUAGCACACACUACUCAUCAGUACUGCAUGAAGCUCGACUCUGCCAUUGAUAAAGUCCUUCAGACCAUCAGGUCCUGAUCCAGCUGAUUGAUUGAUUAUCGAAUGCAGGUGUGAGGGGAGAAGUCUGACACUUUGAACUAUAAAUUGUAGCUGAAGUUGGAAUCAGUGAGUCGAUCAAUAAAUUACAUUGG